AUGGGCUCAGUCAUUCCUCAAACCCAAACCGUCGCCCUGGUCUCCAACCUCGGCGGCACCGUCGAAUUCAAAGACGACUACCCCGUCCCAACCCCAGGCCGCAACGAAGUCCUAGCAAAGGUCCUUUACACAGGUGUCUGCCAAAGCGACCUCCACACAAAAUCCGGCACAGCAGCCGGCCCCGACGGCAACCCCAUAACAAAAAUCAAACUGCCACACAUCGGAGGCCACGAAGGAAUCGGCCGAAUCCUCUCCCUGGGUCCCGACAUUACACACCCGACAGGCCUUAAAGUCGGCGGACUGGUAGGGAUCCGCUUCGCAAGCCGUAUCUGCAGACGCUGCGAGUUCUGUCUCGCGGGUACAGAGCAGUACUGCGUGCGCUCCACGAACCAUCUACACCACGAGGACGGCAGUUUCCAGGAGUAUAUUGCGCUGGAUGCGGACUACUUGACUGUUUUGCCGGAUGAUGUGGAUCCGGUUGUUAUGGGGCCGGUGCUUUGUGCGGGGUUGACUGCUUACAAGGCCGUGUUGAAUACGCAGAUCCAGCCUGGGAACUGGUUGGUUGUUGUUGGGGCCGGUGGUGGUCUUGGGCAUUUGGCCGUACAAUACGCUCGAGCACAAGGAGCCCUCGUUAUCGGGGUGGAUACCGGGUCCGGUAGACGAGAAUUCGUCCUCGGACUUGGCGCGAGCGAGUAUAUCGACUUUGCAACCGAGGAUCCUGUGAAGAAAGUGCAAAGCAUAACUGGGCUAGGCGCGCACGCUGUUGUUGUCACGGCCGGUAGUGCCAGGGCUUUUGCCAAUGCGUGUGAUAUGUUACGGGUGGGAGGGUGUUUGAGCUGUGUGGGCAUUCCGCCUGGACGCCCGGGUCUGGAGACGCCGAUCUGCACGAUUGUGAUCAAAGGGUUGAGAAUCACGGGUAAUCUUGUUGGAUCACUGAAAGAGUGUAUGGACGCUGUUGAGCUAGUGCGGCGCGGGGUUGUCAAGCCGGUUAUCAAGGUAAGGCCAUUUAGGGAUUUGUCGAAGGUCUACGAGGAUAUGGAAAAGGGGGAUAUCUCUGGACGAGUGGUUCUUCAAGUUGCCAAUGAUUGA